CAGCUGCGACGCUGCGACUUGAGUUCCAGAGAAGACUUUUGAGGAUGAAAUAUUGCGCUUGGUUUGCGCUAUUUAUGAUGUUUAAAUUGUGAUACAACAACGCAAAACCAUGUAUGUUCAGGACCUGAAAAGUGGUUUCUAUGAUCUCCUUGUCGGCAAGAGGGCCAUCAUUUUCGUGAACUACGAUGUCGACGCUAUUUGUGCUUUUAAAAUUUUACAACACCUUUUAAAAUAUGACGAUAUCUUAUUCACAAUGGUCCCUGUACAAGGAGUUAGUGACCUGAAACGAGAAUUUGAGGAAACUCCUAACGAGAACGUCGUAAUCCUAAUCAAUUGCGGAGGUUCUAUUGACAUUGUUGAAGAGUUGCAACCUGACCCUGAUGUUGUCUUCUUUGUCGUUGAUAGUCACAGACCGACAGACGUCUGCAACAUUUACAGCCAGAGCCAGAUCAGAUUAUUGAGAAAGAUUGAAGACGAUGAAAAUGUACCUGAAUUCGAAACAAUUUUCAGAGACGAUGAUGAGGAUGAAAAUGUGGAUUCCGCACACUCUAGUGGAUCCGAAGGGGAUGAACCAGAAGGAAGACAUGAGAAGAGAGCUCGAAAAACUGAGGAGUCCAUCAUGAAGCAACGAGAUAAAAGACUAUGGGAAGAGACAAGAAACAGAACCCUCUUUGAAUAUUCCCAAUUCAGCUAUUAUGGCCGAUCGAGUUCGGCCAUUGUGUUUGAAGUGGCAUGGAAAGUUUCCAAAGACAAUCUGGAGCUCCUCUGGUGGGCAGUUGUUGGCCUGACGGAGCAGCUGAUUUUGGAUAAGAUUGAGAGCCACCAGUUUAUCCUGGAAGCUGGAAACCUGCAGACGCACAUGCUGAGACUUUCACACCAGCAGGAUAAGGGAGACUCUGGCUCAGUCAUGAGAAUCACAUUUGAGAAAGACCUGCAACUCUCCCUCUACAGGCACUGGUCAAUCGAGAGUUCUUUGUUCAACACUCGCUUCACUGCGUGCAAACUUAAAAUUUGGAGUUUGAAUGGAGAGCGAAGACUGCAGCAACUCCUUGCAGACAUGGGAAUACCAAUCGCGCAGAGCAAGCAAAAAUUCUGCGCUAUGGACCUGCAGCUGAGGCACGAGUUCUGCGAUAAGAUGGAGAUGCAGGCUGUAAAGUAUGGGCUUGACGGAAUUGGCUGUGAGUCUUUCACCCUUCAGUGCGGCUACAGGCAGCGCUACUCUGCGUCUGACGUUGUUUUCUCAUUGGUCGCUCUACUUGAAUCAACGGAAUCAGGCAGGUCGUCAAAAAUCAAUUUCAUGGACACACUGGACUCCCUGAGCAGAGUGAAGCGGCCCCUUCUCGAGGCAGGAAUCAGCCGAGCAAAAGACCUGCUUGAGAAUAUUUUCCAGUUUGUGCGCAACACUAUCACCAUGGGCCUGAUCCACUCUGCAGGACCAUUUCUCUAUCUCACUGUUCAAGAGGGCUUGGUCAACUGCAGCCAGCUGUUGAAGCCGCACUGCCUGGGCAUGCUGACGAGGUUUGUUCUCGAGGCGUAUGUUGCCUCGUCGAAAUCAAGACGCAGCGCUACACAGCCCCUCGUCAUCUCUGCGCCCUACAUGGAAGGAAUCAGACUGCUGCUUGGUAUUCCGCCAAUCAAAGAAGACUCGCCCAGGAAUUUCUUUGGCAAGGCGUUUGAAAAUGCAGCUGAAAGAUCACAGAUUGAAGCAUUUUCUGAGCUCUUUGACACUUCCUACAUUCUCAUCAAAGCAGAGGACCAAGACAGAUUCUUUGACGCCCUGAUUAAGGUCUUGCAAUAAAAUAAAUUUUCUCGAACGAACUUUCCCAAUAUAAGACCUGUUUGUGAUUAUAAAUUUGCUAAUUUCUUAAAACUUUUUAUCAAUUAAAAGAUAAUAUGCCAUUACAAUGAA